AUGUUCCAGAAAUAUCGCCUCCAGGGACUUAUCAGUGACAAGGUCCAACUUCCAAAGCUGGAGGACAUCAAAGAGAUGUUGAACGUGAUCAAUCAAGACAAGCGGAUGUUCAUCAUCAUUGAUGCUCUCGACGAGUUCGAGAUAAACAGCCGUCGGGGCCUACUAAAGAUUAUCAAGGAGAUCAAUUCUGUGGUGAAGAUCAUGGUCACCUCUCGCGUCCUGAACCAUCUAAAGUUCCUCCAGGAAGGAUUUGAAACAGAUACCAUUGAAGCAAAUGAUGAGGACAUGGACAAAUACAUCGAGUCUGUCAUCAACUCUCGUCCUUCUCUGAGCCCAUUUGCGAGUUAUCACCAACGCAUCAAGGAGGUGGUGAAACGCCAAUCUGGUAAAAUUUAUGUUUAUCCUUGUUCGGCUGCAUAUGGAUGCUCUCAGUAA